AUGGUAGAGACAAUAGUUCUGUAUAUGUACUCCCAGGUUCUGUAUGUGUACUCCCAGGUUCUGUAUGUGUACUCCCAGGUUCUGUAUGUGUACUCCCAGGUUGUGUAUGUGUACUCCCAGGUUCUGUAUAUGUACUCCCAGGUUCUGUAUGUGUACUCCCAGGUUCUGUAUGUGUACUCCCAGGUUCUGUAUGUGUACUCCCAGGUUCUGUAUGUGUACUCCCAGGUUCUGUAUGUGUACUCCCAGGUUCUGUAUGUGUACUCCCAGGUUCUGUAUGUGUACUCCCAGGUUCUGUUCUAUAUAUGUACUCCCAGGUUCUGUAUAGUGUACUCCCAGGUUCUGUAUGUGUACUCCCAGGUUCUGUAUAUGUACUCCCAGGUUCUGUAUAUGUACUCCCAGGUUCUGUAUAUGUACUCCCAGGUUCUGUAUAUGUACUCCCAGGUUCUGUAUAUGUACUCCCAGGUUCUGUAUAUGUACUCCCAGGUUCUGUAUAUGUACUCCCAGGUUCUGUAUAUGUACUCCCAGGUUCUGUAUAUGUACUCCCAGGUUCUGUAUGUGUACUCCCAGGUUCUGUAUGUGUACUCCCAGGUUCUGUAUGUGUACUCCCAGGUUCUGUAUGUGUACUCCCAGGUUCUGUAUGUGUACUCCCAGGUUCUGUAUGUGUACUCCCAGGUUCUGUAUAUGUAGUCCCAGGUUCUGUGUGUGUACUCCCAGG